AACUGGGUGGAACCAACAUGUGGUGACGACAGAGAGCUGACUGGCUCAGACUGGUUCAUCUAGUUUCACUUUCCUGAAAGCAGAAACUCAUUCAGUCGCUGCUCAGACGAGAAAAUGGCUCAGAGAGGAUCUAAUCUGACUUCAGAGAACAUUUCUUGUUCCAUCUGUCUGGAUCUGCUGAAGGAUCCAGUGGCUACUUCCUGUGGACACAGCUACUGUCUGGACUGUAUUAAAUGCCACUGGGAUGCAGAGGACGGUAAGGGAAUCUACAGCUGCCCUCAGUGCAGGAAGACCUUCACACCGAGGCCUGUCCUGGAGAAAAAUGUCCUGCUGGCAGAGUUAGUGGAGGAGCUGAAGAAGACUGGACUCCAAGCUGCUGCUGCUGCUGAUCACUGCUAUGCUGGACCUGAAGAUGUGGCCUGUGAUGUCUGCACUGGGAGGAAGAGGAAGGCUGUCAAGUCCUGUCUGGUCUGUCUGGUCUCCUACUGUAAGAAACACCUUCAGCCUCACUAUGAUGUUGCUCAGUUUAAGAAACACCAGCUGGUGGAGCCCUCCAAGAACCUCCAGGAGAACAUCUGCCCUCAUCAUGAUAAGUUGAUGGAGAUGUUCUGUUGCACUGAUCAGCAGCUGAUCUGUUAUCUCUGCUCUGUGGAUGACCAUGAAGGCCAUAAAACAGUCUCAGCUGCAGCAGAAAGGAAGCAGAAGCAGAAGGAACUUGAGCCGACUCGACAAAAAAUCCAUCAGAGAAUCCAGGACAGAGAGGAACAUGUGAAGCUGCUUCAACAGGAGCUGGAGGCCAUCAGUGUCUCUGCUGAUAAAACAGUGGAGCACAGUGAGGAGAUGUUCACCCAGAUGAUCCGUCUCAUCCAGAAAAGAAGCUCUGAGGUGAAGCAGCAGAUCAGAUCCCAGCAGGAGGCUGAAGUGAGUCGAGUCCAAGAGCUGGAGGAGAAGCUGCAGCAGGAGAUCAGUGAUCUGAAGAGGAAAGACGCUGAGCUGAAGCAGCUCUCAGAGACACCAGAUCACAGCCAGUUCCUCCACAACUACCCCUCAGUGUUAGCACUCAGCGAGUCCACACACUCAUCCAGCAUCAGCAUCCGUCCUCGGAAACACUUUGAGGACGUGACAGCAGCUGUGGAGGAGCUCAGAGAUCAACUCCAGGAUGUUCUGAGGGACGCAUGGACAAACAUCUCACUGGCCAUCACUGAAGUGGAUGUUUUACUGUCAGAACCAACGACCAGAGAUGGGUUCUUAAAAUAUUCCCGAGAAAUCACUCUGGAUCCAAACACAGCACACAGACAUCUGUUGUUUUCUGAUGGGAACAGAAAAGUGACAUUUAUGGAUCAACCUCAGUCUCAUUCUGAUCAUCCAGACAGAUUCACAUGGUGCCAGGUUCUGAGUAAAGAGAGUCUGACUGGACGUUGUUACUGGGAGGUGGAGAGGAGAGGAAGAAGAGUCUUUGUAGCAGUUGCAUACAAGAACAUCAGCAGAAAAGGGGACAUAAAUGAAUGUUUAUUUGGAUUAAAUGACAAAUCCUGGGCUUUAGUUUGUUACACCAACAGUUACAAAUUUCUGUACAACAAAACAAAAACUCUCGUCUCAGGUGAUCCUUCCUCCAGAGUAGGAGUUUACCUGGAUCACAGAGCAGGUGUUCUGUCCUUCUACAGCGUCUCUGACACCAUGACUCUCCUCCACAGAGUCCAGACCUCUUUCACUCAGCCCCUACAUGCUGGAGUUCACCUUGAUUUUGAAUCUGGAUCCUCUUUAGAGUUCAUUAAACCUGAAUAGACUGAAGUCUUUAAAGAGCAGCUGGUUAAAAUGUUUGAGCUUCCAGCUGAUUCAGUCUCAUUGUACACUGUAAAACACCACGGUUUGUUCAUAACUGUCUUUUUGUUUUUUGAACAAUCAACUGUUAUUUUAGAGAUUUAUAUUGCUGAUAAUAUCUACUUAGAACACAUAAAGAACGUUUUCAUUUACAUGUUAACUGUAAAAAAAAACUAAAGUAAAAAAACUGUAAUUAAUGUCCACAUCAAAAGUAA